AUGAUUCCUGAUAUUGUUCGUCCUGCACUCGAUAGUUUCAGUUUCGACUUAAACACUGGCCAACUGGUCAUGACAUUUUCCGAGAAUGUCACGUUGCUAGUGGUAACCGGACGUGUUACCUUUCAAGAUGCACCCACUAACCCGACUAAUUCUUAUGCUCUAACAGGUGAAGGCAUGAACAUGGUUAGCAACGGUGUUGUAACGCUUACCCUCGGUACAGUGGACAUCAAUGCAAUUAAAAACAACCCGAACAUUGCAUCACAGAGAGCAAAUACGUACGUAAGUUUAGACGAAAAUUUUGUACAGGAUUUUGCCGGGUUGCCAUUGGAUACGAGUGGUAGUGCUGUCGAAGCGUCAGAGUUCACCGAGGAUGUCACAACUCCUCAGAUUAUAUCAACCUCUCUAGACCUCAAUUCUGGUAUAAUAUCGAUUAUAUUCACCGAACCUGUUAGUACUAAUAUCAUACUUUCUGAGAUUAGUGUAACAAGUGUGAUGCAAUCCACUGCUGGAAUGGUUACCAUGGAGGGCUCUAGCGUACUAGUGUCCGAUGGUACGAAUGCUAUAAUCACAAUUAAUACAGAUAUUUUGAACCAGAUUAAAUCCACCCCCAGUCUGUGUACUAGUCCAAGCAAUUGUUUCUUGUAUCUCACAGCGACAUCAUUCUCCGAUAUUAAUGAUAAUCCGUUAACCGCUCCUACUACUAGUUUUCAAGUGACCACCUACGUACCAGAUACCACUCUACCUGCAUUGGUAUCUUUUGAUCUCGAUCUAACAACUGGUCGAGUUACUUUCUAUUUCGACGAACCAAUACUUCAAUCAAGCCUGGACCUUUCACAGAUAUCCAUUGCUACUGCCGCUGGAGACUCAACUAACCUAGCAUCAGGAAUUAAUAUUGAAACAGAAACUUUCGCUACAGUGAUUAUCAUAACUCUACCAAUCAGUAGCUCUGCUCUGAACCAGAUUAAAGUAUACAAUUCGGAAGUAGCGGUGAAUAUUUUCUUGUUUCUAACAUCGCAGGCUGUUACGGAUACAAAUGGAAAUCCCAUCACUGCCAUUCCAGCCAGCAAUGCUCUUCUGGUUAGUACACUCACUGCUGACAUACGAGAACCAGAAUUGUUGAGUUUCUCUCCCAGGCCUCUCGAGGAGAAUAGAAUAUUUUUCCGGUUUGACGAGUUUGUGAACACCAUGCAGUGGAACGGUGCAGUGCUGACCCUGGUUCUCAACACACCUGAGGGAGCAUUCACAUAUUCUAACUUCAACGAGGGCACUCAAACUCCCGACGUGUCCGAUCUCAUUCAAUACAACUUUGGGGGUAGCAUGUUAAUGGAUACAUUCCGGACAAACUACGAGCGGGCGUACGAGAGAGGGUCCAUGACCCUCGGAGGAAAUGCGGGGGUGGUGCAGGAUUUAAGCGGCAACUUGGCGAGAGGAGUAUCACCUUCUCUCAUGUUUAUGAAUAAUAUGACUAUUGAGAGCAUUCGACCUGAAAUUGUUAGUUUCAACUUCAGUUCAAUUUCUGGAGAGUUGGUUAUGAGUUUCACUGAGAGUGUGAUUGUACAGACUGUGGUUGGUGCAGUAUCCAUUCAAAAUUUGCCAAAUAAUCCCCAAAUUGUGUACGAACUUGCUCAGCCUGGUGCAGUCAACACUGCAGACAAUGUAGUCAUUCUUACUAUUGACUCUGUCGAUUUAGACGUUAUCAGGAGCAAUCCAAAUCUUGGAACGUCCACGCAAAAUACAUACUUACGACUGCUCCCAACGUUUCUCAAUGAUUUGAAUGAGAAUCCUUUACUUGGUAGAUCAGCCGGCUUGCAGGCUAGCAGUGUGGAGGGCCCAACCGGUCCUACUGUGCUGGCUAGUUUUGAUCUAGAUAUGAACGAUGGUACCUUGACAAUGACCUUCAGUAACGAUAUUCAAGUAUCGACUGUGCAAGCCUCCAUGCUCACCAUCCAGAGCACUGCACAAUUAGACGCCGUUGCUUACUCUCCCAGCGGCCUGAGCAUGUCUGCCAAUACCCAAGACAGCAAUAUAUUGGUCAUUUCAGUGGCUAAUAAUGACUUAAAUGCUCUCAAGGGGCAACUCAACCUAGCUACUUUAGCUACUAACACUUGGUUGAGUUUCCCAUCAACUUUUGCUCAAGAUAUUUUUGGUGUUGCCAUUGCAAGUGUACUUGCUAACGACUCUAUCCAAGUGUCCACUUACACUCCUGAUACCACUCCACCUAUACCCACUCGAUUCCGACUAGAUAUGAACUCUGGUAUAAUUGACCUCACUUUCAACGAACCCAUGAACCCUGACUCCGUGAAUUUUAUAUCUUUUGCAGUACAAAAUAGCGGUACCACUUCUACCGUAUACACGCUGACAGGAGGGGAGCUAAUGUCUACAGGGAGUGAUGCUCCUACGCAGAUCGAUAUUGUCAUGACAACAGACGACUUGAACGGCAUCAAAAUUGUUGAGAAUCUUGCUACGAACAGACUUGAUUCUUUCGUCAAUUUGGGAGCAGGUUCUAUAUCAGAUAUAUCAGGGAAUGGUGUGCUCGGACAAGCUGUACCCGCUAACAGCUACCAGCGUGACAUAGUGGAGCCUGCACUGCAAUAUUUUGAUCUUAAUUUAAAUGACAGUGUCAACGUGUUCCUAACUCUGCAAUUCAACGAGCCUGUUGUUAUGAAUGCUGCCACAAUUCUCCCGGGGAUUACCCUCCAAAACACUACCACUCUAGUAACCACGACAACCACCGCCCUGGUACUAUCAACAGUUGAUACACUUACUCAGAGCAACAUUCCUAAUAGUUUGAUAAUUAUGCUUCGAUCUUUGUAUGCAACUAUAGUGAGAUCAGGUCAAGAUAUCGGAGGAUCAGGUGACACGUUCUACAUGUCAUUAACGCAAGGUGCUAUCAGUGAUUACGCUAGCAACCAGAUCCCAGCAAUCUCUUCUAGCAACGCCAUGAGAGUACGCAACAUCUAUCGUACUUGUAUGGAUGGUAGCUAUGCCGACGUGAGCGCUGGCGUGUGCAUCGACUGCUUCACUGCUUGUGUGUCGGGAUGCUCCGGUUCACUACCCAUCUCCGGACAAGGCGGCUGUGAUAGGUGUCACGUGAUGCUAGUGUACCCCAAUGGAACACAGGAUCAGUGUGUUGAUCAGACGUCUGGAUGCCCUGAGGGCUACUAUGACAACACGGUUGCCUCCCCCCUCAGCUCUCAAGCUAACACAGUCUGCCAGCCUUGUCAGAAUGACUGCUUCCUCUGCAGCUCUCCCACUGUGUGUACGGCUUGUACAACAGCGUUUGUCACCUCCACUGUGUCGUCCAAUAAUAUCCAGUGUCUGGGGUCAUGUGACAUCAGCUCUAGCUCCUCCCCCUGUGGUAACUGCCACUCACAAUGCGACGGAUGUACAGGUGUGGGUAAUACUAACUGCGUACAAUGCAAAGGGGAGAGCAUGGUCAAAGAGGGCGUGUCCACUUGUGUCCCACGUUGCUCCGAUAAUGAAUACCUCGUUGAAGACUCAUCAGGCGAAUACAGCUGCCAGCGUUGCCAUGUCGACUGUAACGGGUGCACAGGGCCAACACAAACAGAUUGUAUUGAGUGUAGAUCAGUUUAUGACAUUCAACAAGGAGUCAAAGUCUGCCGUUCUAGAUGCGGCGGUAAUUCAUUUUCCACACCUGAGGGAGAGUGUAUGCCAUGUGACAGUCGGUGCCUUGGCUGUACUGGUUUGACCAAUAUGGAUUGUAUCUCGUGUGCCAGUGACAGUUCUAGUGUAACCAUGGGAACUGUCGUGAAGUGUGAGAGGAACUGUCCCUCAGGACAAGUGUACGAUGAGACCACUCAAGCAUGCAUUACUGACGGGAACACUGUCAUCAUAGCGGCAGUGGUUGGAGCUGUUGCCGGUAUCCUCAUCCUUGUGGUGGUUGUCGUGGUGAUUGUCUCCUGUGUCAUCUGUCUUACAAGGUUCAGAGGGAAAUUCAUCCCUGGUGCUCGAGAGGAGGGCAACGUUCUGUUCAUCGACGCUAAACUGACUGAGUCCAAUAUACCAAUAUUGGAGGACAUCAGCGCCAUGUAGCAACACACAUGCAGCUGACUUCAAUUAAAAUUCCUUGUUUCGCUUUAUUUUCUGUCAAUCCUCUCUGUUCAUGCAUGUAUAUAUAUACCGUUCAUUGUGAUAUUAUUUUAGAGCUAUUAGACACACCAGGCCGAGUGCAUGAAUAUAAUUAUGCACACUAUACACGUUCUUUUUAUAGCUUUUUAUCAAGUAUUUUAUUUGAGUGUUUGAUCAACUGAUCGAUUUUUGUAUACAAAUAAAAUUAAUGUUAUCAACAA